AUGGGACGAAAGCACAAGUGUCUAGUGUGUGGCGACGGCUCGAAUUCGCUUCACUUUGGAGCACUCACAUGUCGAGCGUGUGCGGCGUUUUUUCGCCGAAAAGUGGUCUCAAAAAAAGCGGUGGUUGGGAAUUGUGAAAAAAAAUGCAAAAUUGACGCAGGUGUCCGAAAAUUGUGCGCGUUCUGUAGAUACAACAAAUGUUUGGCUGUCGGAAUGCAAAAAUCAGCUGUCUUCAUGAGAGUGAGCUCGUGUCAUGAAAUGCCGUCAUUUUUAGCGCCAGAGGAAUCCGAAACGGGCCAAAAAUAUGUGAUAUUGCAACGAUUGAGCGAUGCUUAUGAUCAACUUAAACAAAAAAGGGAAAUCAUUUUUCCAAAAAAGCUCGAUCAGCAACCACGACAAUCCAAUUACAUUGAAAUGAAUGAGGUGUUCUUUAAGGAUAUUGCUUUAAUAAUGAAGAACGUUGUGCCAAUAUUUGAAGUUUUUUCAAAACUCGCGCCAGAUCAGCAGAAAAUUCUAGUCAGCAAUUUUCUUUCUCCGUUCAUAGUUCUGGAAAAUGGUUUAAGAUCUAAAGAAAAUUUGCUAAUCCUUCCUGAUGGAAGUUACGUGGACCGUGAGAAAAUCGAUGAAUAUUAUCUGGAAUUUGAGAAGAAUGAAAAAUCGACGCCAACGAAACCGUCAAAAAUUCUCGGCCGAUAUUGGAAAAUUCACGAAAAAUCUAUUGUCUCGCAAUUGAAUUAUAUUAAAUUGGAGAGAUUCGAGUUCCUCUACCUCAGCGCGCUGAUCUUUUGGGAUACUGGAUUGCCUUCCCAGUCUGACGAAUGUACAUCAAUUUCUCGAACAAUGCGCCAAAAAAUUGUUGCCGAAAUGACAGAAUAUUACAAGAAUUAUGGUACCCAUUCUGAUAAUUGCUUACGCCUCGCGCAAGUUUUAAUGAUUCUUGAAACGAUUCAAAAGCUGAUCAACACGAUUCACGAAAUUAUCGAAAUUGCUCAACUUUACGAGCUCUAUGAUUUCCAUACGUCAAUUUUUGAGACAUUUCCCUCAAGUACCAAUAUGUCCAAAUAA